AUGCUUACCACAAAGCUCGCCCGGAAGCCCGUCGUGGCCGUCCUCGGCCCCACCGCCUCCGGCAAGACCAAGCUGGGCGUGGCCAUUGCCAAGGCCUUCCUCGGCGAGGUCAUCUCCGUGGACAGCCUGCAGUGCUACAAGCCGGGGAGCAUCGCCACCGCCAAGCCCCGGCCGGAGGAAAUGGAGGGCGUGCCGCACCACCUGGUGGACUACCUCGAGGCCGACGAGGAGCCCGCCGAUUUCGUGGCCGAGGCCGCCGCCCUCCUGGACGGCCUGACGGCCGCGGACCGGCUGCCCGUCCUUGUCGGGGGGUCGACCUCGCUCACCAUCCCCGUCCUGCGCGAAGCCUUCCGGAGGGACUACCAGGUCUUUGCGCUGCUGCUGAUUCCGCAGCAGCCCGCCUACGAGGCGCUCGUCAAGGCCAGGGGCCGCGAGAUGCUGGAGAGGGGCCUCCUGGAGGAGCUUGCCGAGCUGUGGGACCUCGAGCGCGCCUUGCUCGGCGGCCGGCCCUGCUUCGAGCGAGGCGUCUGGAAGACCAUUGGCUACCCAGAGUUCCACCCCUACCUGAAGGAGACGGCGGCGGCGGCGGCGGCGGCGGCGGCGGACCCCGGCGGAGACGGAGCCGUGCCGGGCAAGCGCGAGAUCCUGCUGCGGCGCGGGCGCGACACGAUGCACGCAAACACGCUCCGGUACGGCCUGGGCCAGCUGCAGUGGAUACGGGAGAGCUUGAUACCGUUCCUGCACCGCAAGCAGGCCGUCAGCAUCAGCCUGGCCGUCACGGACAAGGCGUCCUGGCUUUCGACGGUGGAGUCGCCCGCGCUGUGCAUGCUCAACCAGCUCGUGCUGGGACACCAGGUAGCCAAGCUGCCGCCCAUUGAGACCCCCGAGUCCCAGUCCCGCGUCAUCUGCCUCUUCGGCGGCUCGUCUUCUGGCAACAACCCUGCGCACCUCGAAGCCGCGCGGUCGUUAGGCGUCGCCCUGCACACCCACGGCAUCAAGCUCGUCUACGGCGGCGGCACCACGGGCAUCAUGGGCGCCGUCGCCAGCACCCUGGUGCGGCUGUCGGGCCCCGACGCCGUCCACGGCAUCAUCCCCGCCGCCCUGGCCAAGUUUGAGUACACCAGCGCCGACCGGCAGUACCUGUCCAGGUUCGGCAGGCAGACCGUCGUGCGGGACAUGCACGCCCGCAAGCAGCUCAUGAUGCAGAGCGUCAUCAAGGGACCCCCCGGGAGCGGCUUCGUCGCCCUGAGCGGCGGCUACGGCACCAUGGAGGAGCUGCUGGAGAUUGUGACGUGGUACCAGCUGGGCAUCCACAGGCGGGGGAUCUGCGUCUUCAGCGUCGACGGCUUCUACGACGGCCUGCUGGGCUGGCUGGGGCAGCUUGUCCGGGGCGGGUUCGUGGGGCCCCAGUACGCCGACAUCCUGGGGGUGGCGCGGACCGCCGACGAGGCCGUCGAGUGCCUGGCCCGGCCGCAGCACAAGUCGGGUCUUGACGAGCUGGAGUGGGCGUAG